UGACAGCUCACGGAGGGAAAAAUCCGCGAGACCGCGGCGGGAGAAGAUGGCGGUGCAGGGAAAGAGUUUGCAAUCUUUGUGACUAGGCGAGUCCGGUAACUAUAAGGAUCAUGGCGUCAAACUCAACCAAGUCUUUCCUGGCCGAUGCCGGCUAUGGCGAACAGGAGCUGGAUGCUAACUCCGCUCUUAUGGAACUGGACAAAGGUCUGAGGUCUGGCAAACUCGGGGAGCAGUGUGAAGCGGUCGUGCGCUUUCCCAGGCUUUUCCAGAAGUACCCGUUCCCUAUUCUCAUCAAUUCAGCGUUCCUAAAGUUAGCUGACGUUUUCAGAGUUGGAAACAACUUCCUGCGGCUGUGUGUUCUCAAAGUGACCCAGCAAAGUGAAAAGCACCUGGAGAAGAUUCUAAACGUGGAUGAAUUUGUGAAGAGGGUUUUCUCGGUGAUUCACAGUAAUGACCCUGUGGCGAGAGCCAUCACCCUCCGGAUGUUGGGAAGUCUGGCGUCAAUCAUCCCUGAGAGGAAGAAUGCCCACCACAGCAUCCGUCAGAGUCUGGAUUCCCAUGACAAUGUAGAAGUUGAAGCUGCUGUCUUUGCAGCCGCAAACUUCUCUGCACAGUCAAAGGAUUUUGCUGUGGGGAUCUGUAACAAAAUCAGCGAAAUGAUUCAAGGCUUAGCUACACCAGUGGACCUGAAGCUGAAACUGAUCCCCAUCCUGCAGCACAUGCACCAUGAUGCCAUCUUGGCCUCCAGUGCCCGCCAGCUCCUGCAGCAGCUGGUCACCUCAUACCCCUCCACCAAAAUGGUCAUCGUGUCUCUACACACUUUCACUCUGCUCGCAGCCUCCUCUUUGGUUGACACACCCAAGCAGAUUCAGCUUCUGCUGCAGUAUUUGAAGAGCGACCCCAGAAAAGCUGUGAAGAGACUUGCUGUUCAGGAUCUGAAGCUGCUCGCUAGUAAGACACCACACACGUGGAGUAAAGAGAACAUUCAGGCACUCUGUGAGUGUGCACUGCAUACUCCUUAUGACAGCUUGAAGCUAGGGAUGUUGUCUGUCCUCUCCACACUGUCAGGGACCAUCGCCAUUAAACAUUACUUCAGUGUGGCUCCAGGAAAUGUAGACUCGUCCCCCAGAUCUUCUGAUUUAGUCAAAUUAGCCCAAGAAUGCUGUUACCAUAGCAACCGGGCCAUCGCAGCACAUGGAGUGAGAGUGCUGACUAAUAUAACUGUGUCUUGUCAAGAAAAAGAUCUCUUGUCUCUGGAGCAAGAUGCUGUCUUUGGCCUGGAAUCCCUUCUGGUGCUUUGUAGUCAAGAUGACAGUCCAGGUGCUCAGUCCACUGUGAAGAGUGCUCUCAGCUGUAUGGUGAAGCUGGCCAAGGGCCGCCCGCAUUUGAGCCGGUCAGUGGUUGACACUCUGCUAACUCAGCUGCACAGCUCGCAGGAUGCUGCCCGGAUCCUCAUGUGCCACUGCCUGGCAGCCAUUGCAAUGCAGCUCCCAGUACUGGGUGAUGGAAUGCUUGGUGACCUCGUGGAGCUCUACAAGGUGAUUGGACGAUCAGCCACAGACAAGCAACAGGAGCUUCUGGUAAGUUUGGCUACUGUGAUUUUCGUAGCCAGCCAGAAAGCAUUGUCUGCGGAAGUGAAGGCAGUAAUCAAGCAGCAACUUGAAAGCGUCUCCAGUGGGUGGAUCGUAUAUCGGAUGGCCAGGCAGGCUUCCAGAAUGGGCAACCAUGACAUGGCCCGAGAGCUUUACCAGAGUUUGCUGACACAGGUCGCAUCAGAGCACUUCUACUUCUGGCUGAACAGUCUGAAGGAGUUCUCACACGCAGAGCAGUGUCUGACUGGGCUGCAGGAGGGUAGCUUCAGCUCAGCACUUUCCUGCAUUGCUGAGUCUUUGAAAUUCUACCACAAAGGGAUCGCCUCCUUAACAGCUGCCAGCACACCACUGAAUCCUUUAAGCUUUCAGUGUGAGUUUGUGAAACUCAGGAUCGAUCUUCUCCAAGCCUUCUCGCAACUUAUUUGUACUUGUAACAGCCUGAAGACAAGCCCUCCCCCUGCGAUCGCCACGACAAUUGCCAUGACCUUAGGGAAUGAUCUUCAGAGGUGUGGCCGGAUCUCCAAUCAGAUGAAGCAGUCCAUGGAAGAGUUCCGAAGCCUUGCCUCCCGGUACCGGGAUCUCUAUCAGGCGUCCUUCGAUGCGGACUCGGCAACUCUGAGGAACGUAGAACUCCAGCAGCAGAGCUGCUUACUGAUAGCCCACGCUAUAGAAGCCCUGGUUUUGGAUCCUGAAUCAGCAAGCUUCCAGGAGUAUGGGUCCACAGGUGCUGCCCACGCGGACAGCGAGUAUGAGAGAAGGAUGAUGUCCGUGUACAGCCACGUCCUAGAGGAGGUGGAGUCGCUUAACCGGAAGUAUGCCCCAGUUUCCUACAUGCACACAGCGUGCCUCUGCAAUGCCAUCGUCGCUUUGCUGAAAGUUCCUCUCUCAUUUCAGAGAUACUUUUUCCAGAAACUGCAGUCUACCAGCAUCAAGCUUGCUCUGUCACCCUCUCCCCGGAACCCUGCAGAGCCCAUUGCUGUACAGAAUAACCAGCAGCUGGCAUUAAAGGUAGAAGGCGUUGUUCAGCACGGGUCUAAACCAGGACUGUUCCGCAGAAUCCAAUCUGUGUGUCUGAAUGUUUCUUCUACACUCCAGAGUAAAUCCAGCCAGGACUACAAGAUUCCCGUUGACAGCAUGACCAAUGAGAUGGAGCAGAGGGUCGAGCCACAUAAUGAUUACUUCAGCACUCAGUUUCUGUUGAACUUCGCUGUCCUUGGAACGCACAGCAUUACAGUGGAGUCAUCAGUGAGAGAUGCCAAUGGCAUCGUCUGGAAGACGGGUCCCAGAACUACCGUGUUUGUCAAAUCCCUGGAAGACCCCUAUUCCCAGCAGAUUCGCCUACAGCAGCAGCAAGCCCAGCAGCCUUUGCAGCCACAGCCGCAGCCGCAGCCUCGCGGUGCCUACACCCGGUUUUAGCUGUGCCACAAGCAUGCGGCUACCACAUGCCGUCAGGCUACAGGAAGAAUCUUAUUCCCGUGUACAUUAAGUGUGAAUGCUACAGUGUGAACCCAGUACUCACUGAUUUCUGUAAUGUAGCUUUCUGGUGAUUAUUUUCUUCUUAAAAAUUUAGUGUAAGAAAUAACCUGGCUUUUAGCCAAAAAAGUGCAUUUUUAUUUUUUAUUUCUUUCUUUUUUUUUUUUUUUUUUUCCGGAGCUGGGGACCGAACCCAGGGCCUUGCGCUUCCUAGGUAAGCGCUCUACCACUGAGCUAAAUCCCCAACCCCUAUUUUUUAUUUCUUAAACCCAGUCUUCGCCUCACACUUAGCAUUUUUGUUGUAUUAUUCUUUGUGGUUGGUGAGAUUUUCUUCUUCUAAGAAUAGUCACAGAUCUUUGGUAAAUUUGACUGUGUCUCUGCCAGAAUCAUUGUGCUGACUGGCCCAGACCUGGGCUCUGAGGUAGGCAGAGGACAGUACUGUCCGGUCUGCGGGGCGUCCAGGGCUGGAGAGUCCGCAGGCACAGCAUCCUGCUGCAUCGCUGUCCCUCUUACCCACCUCCUGCCCUAAGGCCAUGCUAGUUUAUUGUUUUGGUCUUUAAAAAAAAAAAAACAAAACAGCUCACAGCUACUUAGAAAAGUUGGAAAUGAAUAGUGUGUUGUUUUUCCUGGUGUGUGGCUAGUGUGGACAUUUUUUUCUACAAUUGAAAUAGGUUCGCACAUGUCUUCCUGUUUGAUGUAGAGGGGAAGAUUCUUCUAGAUGAGGUGUUGACUCUACACCUGAUGUCUCCACGGCCAUCGCCAUCUCCGUGACGUAACCUCGGCCGGGAUGCUCAGGGAACAGACUCUGGCUGGCCAGAAAAGCCCUUUUUCUACUUCAGUCAUGCGGACACACACCGCAUGCGCUAGUGGUCAUCACAGGACGAGCUGAGGUGCCCAUAGCCCGGGUGGUCGUCGGUGUUGAGUGCAGUGUGGCUGCUAAGGGUGCGAGCCCUGGGUUCCCUGUGUAAAUAAAUCUCCUAAUUUCUCUG